ACCAAAAAGCGGAGUGACCUUCCUCCGCUCUCAGUCUGAGAGGGGCAGCACUGAAGCAAUAAGCCGGUCACAGCUCCUACAGCCCCCCUUUAGCCUCAGAAAUGAACAACAACUUAGUCGGAGAUGAAGUCGGUAAACUUUUUGUGGGAGGAUUGGACUGGAGUACUACACAAGAGACACUGAGAAACUACUUCUCACAGUAUGGGGAAGUAGUAGAUUGUGUCAUCAUGAAGGACAAAACUACAAAUCAGUCGCGAGGCUUUGGCUUUGUCAAAUUCAAAGACCCCAAUUGUGUACGGACGGUGCUAGAGACAAAGCCGCACAAUCUUGAUGGGAGAAAUAUUGACCCGAAGCCGUGCACUCCCAGGGGGAUGCAGCCUGAAAAGUCUCGAACCAAGGAAGGCUGGAAGGGCAGCAAAGCCGAUAGCAAUAAAUCAAAGAAGAUAUUUGUAGGUGGAAUCCCCCAUAACUGCGGCGAGCCUGAACUCAGGGACUAUUUCAAUAGAUUCGGAGUGGUCACAGAGGUGGUAAUGAUCUAUGAUGCGGAGAAGCAGAGGCCCCGAGGUUUUGGAUUUAUUACUUUCGAGGCCGAACAAUCAGUGGACCAGGCUGUCAACAUGCAUUUUCACGACAUCAUGGGCAAAAAAGUGGAAGUGAAGAAGGCCGAGCCUCGUGACAGCAAAGCUCCUGGCCAGCUCGGCCCCGGCCAGUGGGCACCCAGGGGCAUCUUGAGUGCAGCUAAUGGUUGGACAGCACAGCCUGCCCAGGGCUGGCAACAGCCGUACGGGCCACAGGGAGUGUGGGUGUCAACAACCGGCCAACCCAUAGGUGGGUAUGGACCGCCAUUGUCAGCAGGUCGAGGAACCCCCACACAACCUCCAUCACCUUUCAACGCAUUCCUGGUCACAACCCCGGCGGGCAGUUUUGCUGCACCUCAGGGCUACCCUCAGCAGGGCUACAGCACAGCACCUCAGUUUGGUUACAGUUUUGGCACACCCCAAGCAGACCAGUAUGCGCCACAGGUUCCUCCUCCACCCACCACUCCGGGAACUGCACCUCUGGGCUUUGCCCCCGCCACUACACCAACUCAGGACUUGAGCAAAGCUCCCACUGGGCAGCCUGACUUCCCUUAUAGCCAGUAUGGCUUGGGUAACUACCCUCAGGACCCCUCUGCCUACGGACCAACGCGUCCUUCUCACAGUUAUGGUCAGGAUGAGCAGGGAGGAUAUAGUGCAGCCAAAAGGGGUGAGAGAGAGGAAAGAAGAUUUGAAGGAAGACACGAUGCCAGAAAAUUUGCAGUAUCUCUCUGAUUGUUCUGUCUGGAGGUCCUGUUGGGACCACUCCCUGUUCUUAAGAUUUCUUCUUUUUGUCCUGUCAGUAGAGCACUUUAAGAACCCCCAAAGAAAUGUGUCGUCUUUUUGAACUUUGCUCCCUUUUUUCUCUCUGUCUUUCUAUCUUUAUUCUGUCCAUACCAGUUCGUUAUAAUGCUCCCUAUUCAGAGUUUUGUGUAGACUUUUUGAAAAUCAGUCUAACUGGAUGUAACCAGGGCAGGAAAAGUACCAAACACCAAUCUAUCCAAGUCAAUCAAUCAAUCAGUUCAAAUGACCCUUUUUCUUGGACAGUGGCUGGUGACUUUGGGGCCACACCAGCCAUUUUUCAGGCAGAUUAGUUUCCUUCCCUGGGGGUCACUUUGGUUCCCUUGUCUGUUUACGGGGAGAUGGUGCCAUCCAGUGUCUGACAAGAGUAGUGCGUGACGCACAGAUUACCAAGAGAAUCUAGAGAUCGUUUUCCUCAAUGAUGCCUGCUUCAACUGGUUCUUAAAAUGACCAUACAUGUUAUUUAUGUCUCCCAGCACUUUAACUUCUAAACACUUUGUAAAAUAAAUUUGAAGAUUAAAGGGCUCAUUGAAGGAAUAGCACUAAAAAGGAAAAAUCCACCAUUAAACCUUAAAAUCACGCUUUAAAAGCCUUCUAAAAAUAGUUCACAUUUGAAUUGUCAGCCCACUUAGUUUUUCUUAACCAUACUUCAUCUAUUUAAACUAUAGUUGUCAAGAUACAAGAUUUUUUUAACUUCUUGUGUUCUGUUCUGUAGUUCUAGCAAAAAUCACACGAUACCGAUAUUGGGUAAUUUCUUACUUUUAACAAAUCAGUCAAAUUAGUGCGCAUAGCCUAAAUUAUACAAAUAUGCCAGUGCGUUCUCUCUUUUUCUUUUAAAAAGAGAAUUCACAUUAAUGAUGCUUUAUUUUUUGUCUAUUUAUUUAUUCAUUUAAAGCUUCAGCUCAAUUUGUCACAGAAAAAGAGAUUGUAUCAUUGUUAAACAAUUGUAUCGAGCACUGAAAAUGUAUGUAUAAUACUUUUACAAAAGGGCUCAGGGUCCUAUAUAGACAGAAACUAUACAAGGAAAUCAGUCUUUUCAAAAGCCAUAUUAUCAGUGGAAAAUAAGUUUGUAUGUUUUAUAUACUAUUUUCAAAUGACCGAUUAAACCUUCCAGUACUCAGGAGCAGAAUCUGUGAGAGAUUAAUGGCGACUAAAAAUUGAGAUAAACUGUGUAAAGGUUGUUUGGUGGAUUUUUCCUAACAUGAAAAAAGUAUCAGUCUUAAAGCUUAUUUUUCUAAACGGUAAGGCUUCUCCCUCCCCUCAUGAUGACUCUAAUAUUGAAUCCUUUUUUCUGUCCUGCUCUCCCUUCUCUGUUGUCC